AUGUGCGCACUAGCAUGCCAUCUGCUCUAUGACUUGGCUCUACCGCGAAUGAUUUCAAGAGUGGGAUAUCCGUCAUGGAGGUCUGUGGUAACGAUUCGCAGCUUCUGUAUGUUCGCGUCUGCUCGAGAGUACACUUGUACACUCUUUUUGCAAGACCUCUGCCUCGCGAUCAUCGGUGGUCUGUUCAAUACAAUGGACAGUGUAAAAGAGAUACUUCCCUCCAUCAUCGAUCUUCUACGCAGUGCAAAAAACCUCCGAUGCCUCGACUUCGACUCCCUCGAACAACUGCUCUCCCUCGAUGCCCGCGUAGGAGAUGCAGUCCAAGCGCUUCCCAGGCUACAAUCGCUCAAAAUCACCUUAGGAAUGCACACCUACUCCUUCAUGACAUUUUUCCGAACUCCGCUCCGAAGCGUCACGCUUAGAACAAUUCCUUUUUUCAGGGAGGCACCCUUUUCUAUAUGGGCGCUCCUGGCUAACUUCCGCGACUCCUUGGAGAAAUUACACUUGUUGGGAGGCAAAGUUAACGACAACGAGGACGGCAUGCACUGGCCGCUGAUGCAAAACCUCACAAUCAGUUACGCCAUUGUUAUGGCUCCUGUUGCACAAUCUCUUCGACCAAUCCUAUCCAGAGCCUUCCCCCAGCUGCGGUCGCUUACACUGUCGAACAACAAGUAUAUGAAUGAGAUACAACAGCGCGAGGACCUGAUAGACUCGGCUACCUGGCAGAGCUUGGAUUUCCUCGAUAUCAGCGCUGCGGCCUUGCCUAUGCUGCGUAUCACCUGUCCUGUUGCCCAUAGACCUCCCCCCCAAUAUGGUCUCGCAUCUCGCGAAGGCUUGCACGCACUUGCGUUACCUUACGAUGGAGUUUUGUGGUUUGCUGCCAAAAGAGGAUUGGGCCAGGGCAUUGUCGGCUUGGAAGUUCACGCGCUGUGUAUACUGCUGGAUCUUCCUGGCCGUGACGUGCCUCAAUGCGGACAGGAUGCGCUAGGCUUUUGCCCUAUCCUCGCGAUGAGUAUCACAUCCCUCCGUUACAUCUCUGUCGAGCCCGCUACUUCCACGCCGCAGGCCCCACGCAAAUGGUGGCGGAUAACGCGGUAUGACGCCCAGACUGAACCAUAUCUGGAACAGCUCACGAUGCCGAUGAGUCGGACCAUUGAAGAUGCUCUGGAUCAUGUGGAUUAUACCUCGCCGUCUUGGGUGGAUGAUAUUGAUCAUGCGUACCGUAGGGAUAAGGUGACUACGAGGGAGAUACACUGUAGUGCUAACACCGCAAGAGCGGUCAACAGCAGCGUGUGA